GGGUCAAGCGGUAUUUAAUCUUUUAACCACCUCCUGCCCGCCAUAUAGUAAUAUGACGGACGCAAGGUGGUUCUCUCACUCUGGGAGGAUGAUGUCAUCAUAUGAUGUCCUCCCAUUCUCACCGCGCAUGCGCGGCUCAGGGAGCGCACAGCGUGGCGAUCGGCGGUGCGCUGUGUCCCUCGGACACAGCGGAUCACCGAUUCAUGGAAAGAGCCGAAGAUGUCUGCUCGGUUAUGUGAUCAGCUGUGUCCAAUCACAGCUGAUCACAUGCAAACAGGGAAAUGCCAGUUAUCUGUGCCCUGAUGAUCAGUGUAGCCCCAGCAGUGCCACCUGUCAGUGUCCAUCAGUGCCUUGUGUCAGUGCUCAUCCAUGCCACCUGCCAGUGCCCAUCAGUGCCACAUCAAUGCCACAUAUCAGUGCCCAUCUGAGCUGCCUUUCAGUGUCACCCAUCAAUGCCAAUCAGUGCCACCUAUCAGUGCUGCCAAUCAGUGCCACCAACCAGUGCCAGUCAGUGCCGCCUAUCAGUGUGCAUCAGUGUCACCUAUCAGUACUGCCUAACAGU